AUGGUUAGUACUGAGAAACAGUGUGACAAAGAACGAAGGGUUAGAACGAGUCACCCGAAAGUGCGAACAGGCUGUUUAACUUGCAAGCGUCGACAUAAGAAAUGCGACGAGAACCGUCCGUCAUGUCGCAUGUGCAUUAGUUCCGGACGAGAAUGCGAAGGAUACUGCACCAUUCCUGACAAAAGAACAAAGGCCGCCAGGAGGGUGAGGCAAAGCACUCUUCAUAUUCCCAUUGUGGCCAAGGCUUCAACUGCCCAGCAAUUCGAGCAAGACCUAAUCAUCCCUGUCACCCUAAAUUCUCCUGGCCAAGUUGAUCUCACCCAACCGGAACGAUGGCACUUGAACCUCUUCCGCAAUUACACAGCUCGUCAUUGUGGGGGAUAUUUUCACGACGAGUUCUGGCAUGGAUUGGUUCAUCAACUUAGCGAGGAACAGCCUGCAGUCCGCCAUGCCGUCAUUGCCAUGAGCGCUAGGCACAUACAAUUUGAACGGGUGCAGUUGAAGCACGCAAUAGAUGCUGGGCAAGCUUAUCUCAGUCUCCAACAGUGUAACAAAUCAAUUGCAUGUCUUCGACAAUAUCUCUCCAAGGCACCACCAGGCAGCUCACGAAAUCAAGUCGUGCUAACCACUUGUGUUGUCUUGGUAUGUCUCGCUCUUUUUGAAGAGGAUACCAAUAUCGCGGAUUAUCAUUUUCAAUCCGGAUACCGGCUUUUACAGGAAUGGCAAAAAGAGAAUUUCAGCGUUGGUUCAAGUGGUCCAGCCUUUAUACAAACUUUCUCUCAACUACAAAUACAUCGAUCAACCUGCGCAGAUCCAAAAACCUUCGUGGAAGAUGAUCACCCAUCGCUUCCUUCUCCGGAUGUCGAAAACUCUCGGCCCACGAAAUCUCAUGUUAAUGCGGAGGCUGUUAAUCACUUCAUCAUUGUUCUGGGGUGGGUAUUAUUACGUAUUGAUGCUCAGGGCUUCAACAUAGGACCCGCAAUUACACAUAUACGUAAUGGAGAAGGCGCAGUUCUGAGCAUGCUACGGCUAUGGAGGACACAAUUAAAGCGUUCUAUUACGAUACACGGGGAUGAUGUGCCACAGAGUGAUCGUGAUGCCCUUACACUAUUUGCAUUAUGGAGCGAAGUUAUUUACAUUAAAUUAUUCACGAGCAGCGAACCUGAAGCGAACGAAAUGAGAUACGACAAAUUUCUUGCACAUUUCCAGCGAGCAGUUGUGCUAGCGAAAUCUCUUAUAACACCCACGAAAGGUCAAUCGGCGCUGUCAAUUUUCCCUUCGGUGACGUCUAUCGUCCCACCGCUGCUGUUUUGUGGAUUUAAAUGCCGUGAUUGGCUGAUUCGUCGUCAAGUGACUCUACUCUUACGAGAAUUAAAGGGACAUGAAGACAUCUGGGUAUCCGGGCCGAUUCUGGCACUGGAACGAAUGGUAGAAAUCGAGUCUGAAGGAAUUGGACCGGGGGAAAAUAUCCCAGAGGCUUCUCGUGUGGAUUCCAUGAGUGUUGUUAUUGACACCAAAGACCAUCACAUAUUUCUACGGUAUCACCGUUCAUGGCUGCCCAAUGAUACAUACGGUAUUAACGAUGACGGACUGUGGCAGAACGAGCUGUUAUCAGUUCCAGCCGGAAGAUGA